AUGCGUGGACGUGGUCGUGGCGGACCAGCAACAGGAAGAUUUCCUCAAGUAUCGAGUAAUCGUGGAGAUGGCAAGACUUUGCAGGUCAAGAAGAUACCGCCAGAGCUUAAUAAUAUUGCUAAGUUGAAUGAGCAUUUUGCAACGUUUGGAAGUAUCGUUAACAUGCAGGUGCGUUUCAACGGAGAGCCUGACUCAGCUUUGAUUUCCUAUGCAUCGCGCCAUGAAGCAAUGGCCGCGUACAAAUCACCUCAACCUGUUUUGAACAAUCGCUUCAUUAAAGUGUUCUUCUACAACCCGGAUGUUGUCGCCGGAUCAGCUAUUGGGCAAGAUAUGGCAACUAUUGAGAACUCGAAAUUUGUCAACCAGGAGUUGAAGGAAACUCGUGAGAAGAUUAUAGAAGCAAAACGCAAACUGAAAGCUGAGAAGGCAGCCCAGAUCUCACUUUUCAACGUGCAUAAGCGUCAAACUGAUUUGCUUCAAAAAUUGGUGGAUCGUCAAAAAGUGGUGGUGAUGAAGUUAAAAACGGAGACCGAUACUCUGGAGCCUGCUGAAAAGAAAAAGCUCCUAGGCGUUGUUAAAAAGAUGAUGGAUAAAGUUACUGCAGGAAGGAAGGAGAUUCAUGAUCUCUCGGCAAAGCUGAAGAGCUGCACUGAGAGCAUUGCUGAAUUGGAGAAAGUAAUUGCGUCAGAAACAACAUCCCAUAAAGAAAAGAGCUCCAACAGUGAUGGGAGGGAUAGUGCGAGCCCAUCGUCUCCAAAACAGGAAGGAAAGGUAGCUAUGUUCCCAACACAAAACUUCCUCAAGCGAAAGGCACAAGACGGUGGCGACGUUGAAGCGCGUUUCCACAGUGGUGGCACAGUCAGAGGGAAGGAUCCUAUGGUGCUUUUGACGUUCCGUAGCAGGGAAGACGCGGACCAGGCCGUCAUGGAUGGGGGAUUGUUCAAAGGAGCGAUGCUGGAUGUGACAUGGCAUCGGCGCUCUGGAGGCUCUGGUGAAAAUUCGCCAUUAAGUGCAGACAAGAUGCUAGCCAGCAUACUACAGAGUGAGUCGGAUGACGAAUGUAAAAAGGAUUAA